CCCCUUGCGUCAAUCUUCCUUCGAGAUCCUUCAACUUGUCUUUCUCAUUCUCGUUGUCCCUUUCCUACGCCAACCCCUCUCUUCCGCUUUCUUCGGUCUCACUCCGCCGGAAUCCGUCGCAGAGUGGAUUGUGUCCGCGUUGUCCGAGUCAUUGGGCUCGAGAGUCUUCAAGAUGCCCGAACCCACGAAGAUCAGCAUACUCGGUCAGGAGAGCAUCAUCGCUGAUUUUGGCCUCUGGCGCAACUAUGUCGCGCAAGACCUGAUCAGCAAUUGCUCUUCUACCACCUAUGUUCUCAUCACAGACACGAAUAUCGGUUCUAUCUACACCCCAGAUUUCCAAAAAGCUUUCGAUGCCGUCGCCGCUACCGUGACCCCCUCCCCGCGUCUGCUGAUCUAUCAGGUUGCCCCUGGUGAGGUGUCCAAAUCCCGACAGACGAAAGCCGCCAUCGAGGACUGGAUGUUAAGUCAGAGCCCACCAUGUGGCCGGGAUACAGUUGUGAUUGCUCUCGGUGGAGGUGUGAUUGGGGAUUUGACGGGGUUUGUCGCUUCAACCUACAUGCGCGGUGUCCGUUAUGUGCAAGUUCCCACCACGUUGCUCGCCAUGGUGGAUUCCUCCAUUGGUGGAAAGACAGCAAUUGAUACGCCGCUUGGGAAGAACCUGAUCGGCUCGAUUUGGCAGCCGACGAGGAUUUACAUCGACCUCGAAUUUCUGGAGACGCUUCCCGCGCGCGAGUUCAUCAACGGCAUGGCGGAGGUGAUUAAGACGGCAGCCAUUUCGAGCGAGGAAGAAUUCACCGCGUUGGAAGACAAUGCGGAGGUGAUUCUGUCUGCCGUUCGUCAGGAGGUCAAGCCUGGCCAGCGCCGCUUCCAGGGAAUUGAAGACAUCAUGAAGGCUCGUAUCCUGGCGUCUGCUCGGCACAAGGCUUACGUUGUGUCCGCGGACGAGCGUGAGGGUGGUCUACGCAACCUGCUGAACUGGGGUCACUCCAUUGGUCAUGCCAUUGAGGCUAUUUUGACCCCUCAAGUCCUCCAUGGUGAGUGCGUCGCCAUUGGUAUGGUCAAAGAGGCCGAAUUGGCCCGUCAUCUGGGUAUCCUGAAGGGUGUUGCGGUCGCUCGUAUUGUCAAGUGUCUGUCCGCUUAUGGUUUGCCCACGUCACUGAAGGAUGCGCGCAUCCGAAAGCUCACUGCUGGCAAACAUUGCUCUGUCGAGCAGCUGCUCUUCAACAUGGCCUUGGACAAGAAGAACGAUGGGCCUAAGAAGAAGGUCGUCCUACUUUCAGCCAUCGGACGCACUUACGAGCCCAAGGCCAGCGUCGUCCCGAAUGAGGACAUCAGUGUUGUCCUCGCCCCAAGCAUCGAGGUGUAUCCCGGUGUCGCCCCGGCAUCGAAUGUCGUCUGUACUCCCCCAGGAUCGAAGAGCAUUUCGAACCGGGCCUUGGUUCUGGCCGCUCUCGGAUCGGGCACCUGCCGUAUCAAGAACUUGCUCCACUCGGAUGACACAGAAGUUAUGUUGAAUGCUUUGGAGCGACUGGGAGCUUGCACCUUCUCUUGGGAGGAGGAGGGUGAGGUCCUCGUGGUGAAUGGCAAGGGAGGUGAUCUCCAAGCGACCUCCACGCCGCUGUACCUGGGAAAUGCGGGUACGGCGUCGCGCUUCCUCACGACAGCUGCUACCCUUGCUACACCCGGCGAUGUGGACUACAACAUUCUCACAGGCAACAACCGCAUGAAACAGAGACCUAUUGGCGACUUGGUUGAUGCCCUCACGGCAAAUGGUGCGUCGGUUGAGUACAUGGAGAGUAAGGGCAGCCUGCCUUUGAAGAUCGCUGCCUCCGGCGGGUUUGCUGGUGGCAGAAUCAACCUUGCUGCCAAGGUUUCGUCGCAGUAUGUGUCUUCGUUGCUCAUGUGCGCGCCUUACGCCAAGGAGCCGGUCACCCUGAAGCUUGUGGGCGGAAAGCCCAUUUCCCAGCCUUACAUCGAUAUGACCACGGCGAUGAUGAGAUCUUUCGGCAUUGACGUGCAAAAGUCCAGCACUGAGGAGCACACCUACCACAUCCCUCAGGGACGUUAUGUCAACCCUGCUGAAUACAUGGUGGAAAGUGAUGCCAGCUCGGCUACCUACCCUCUGGCCAUUGCCGCCCUGACCGGCACCACUUGUACUGUUCCCAACAUCGGUUCGAAGUCCCUCCAGGGUGACGCCCGCUUCGCAGUGGAAGUGUUGCGCCCUAUGGGAUGCACCGUUGAGCAAACGGAUACUUCCACCACCGUCACGGGAGCUCCUGGAGGUGCUCUGCGACCGUUGCCUAACGUAGACAUGGAACCCAUGACUGAUGCUUUCCUUGGAGCCUCGGUUCUGGCAGCAGUUGCUCGCGGCGAAGGAUCAAACCACACCACGCGCAUCUACGGUAUCGCUAAUCAGCGUGUGAAGGAGUGCAACCGCAUCAAGGCUAUGAAGGAUGAACUUGCCAAGUUCGGUGUCGUCUGCCGCGAGCAUGAUGAUGGACUUGAAAUCGAUGGAAUUGAUCGUUCGACUCUCCGACAGCCUGCUGGUGGUAUCUUCUGCUAUGAUGACCAUCGUGUGGCUUACAGUUUCAGCGUUCUCUCUCUUGUGACUCCCCAAUCGACUCUGAUCCUCGAGCGUGAGUGCGUUGGUAAAACCUGGCCCGGCUGGUGGGAUACUCUGAAACAAUUGUUCGGUGUGAAGCUUGAGGGUAAGGAGCUCAAGGAGGAAGAGGUCUCGGCUCUUACGCAAGUGGAGAAGUCCAGUGCGUCUGUCUUCAUCAUCGGCAUGCGUGGCGCGGGAAAAACUACAAGUGGACAUUGGUUUGCAAAUACCCUGAACCGGCCAUUCGUUGAUUUGGAUACCGAGCUUGAGAAGACGGAAGGCAUGACGAUCCCCGAGCUAAUCAAGCAGCGCGGAUGGCAGGGCUUCAGAGACGCCGAGCUCAAGCUUCUCCAGCGUACCUUGAAAGAACGCGCCACCGGAUAUGUCUUCGCUUGCGGUGGCGGCAUUGUCGAGAUCCCAGAGGCCAGAAAGUUGCUUACGGAUUACCAUAAGACCAAGGGUAAUGUCCUGCUCAUUCUGCGUGAUAUCAAGCAAGUCAUGGACUUCCUCAAUAUUGACCGUACUCGUCCGGCCUAUGUUGAAGAUAUGAUGGGAGUGUGGUUGCGUCGCAAGCCCUGGUUCCAGGAAUGCAGCAAUUUGCAGUACUACAGUCAGACGGCGAGCGCUGGGGGUCUCGCCCGGGCAUCGGAAGACUUCAAGCGCUUCUUGAAGACUGUUACCGGAGAGAUCGACAGUCUCGACAUCAUGAAACGCAAGGAACACUCGUUCUUUGUCUCCCUCACUCUACCUGAUCUCCGGUCGGCUAGUGACAUCCUGAAAGAAGUCUGUGUCGGCUCUGAUGCAGUGGAACUACGGGUUGAUCUACUCCAGGAUCCGGCCUCGGAUGACGAGAUUCCCUCAGUCGACUAUGUGGCCGAGCAGAUCUCGUUCCUUCGUAGUCAGAUUUCCCUCCCUCUGAUCUUCACUAUCCGUACCAAGAGUCAAGGUGGUCGCUUCCCAGAUAAUGCCUACGAUGAGGCUAGGGAGCUCUACCGUCUUGCGAUUCGAUCUGGGGCCGAGUUCGUGGACCUGGAGAUCGCAUUCCCUGACGAUUUGCUGCGCUCGGUCACGGAGUCUAAAGGCUAUUCCAAAAUCAUUGCCUCUCACCACGACCCUAAAGGAGAGCUCGCGUGGGGCAACAUGUCCUGGAUGAAAUACUACAACCGCGCGCUUGAAUAUGGCGACGUGAUCAAGCUCGUUGGUGUUGCCAAGAGCCUUGACGAUAACACUGCUUUGAGGAAAUUCAAGCAGUGGGCCGCCGAGGCACAUGACGUUCCUGUGAUUGCCAUCAACAUGGGUGACAAUGGACAAUUGAGCCGAAUCUUAAACGGAUUCAUGACCCCCGUGUCUCACCCGAGUCUCCCAUUCAAAGCUGCUCCCGGUCAGCUCUCUGCGACGGAGAUCCGCAAGGGGCUGUCCCUGAUGGGAGAAAUCAAGCCUAAGAAGUUCGCACUUUUCGGCACUCCGAUAUCCCAGUCUCGCUCUCCGGCUCUUCACAACACGCUUUUUGCCCAGAUGGGUCUCCCUCACGAGUACAGCCGUCUGGAGACGGCCAACGCUGAAGACGUCAAGGAUUUCAUCCGCUCUCCUGACUUCGGAGGCGCUUCAGUCACGAUUCCUUUGAAGCUAGACAUCAUGCCCUUGCUGGACGAGAUCGCCUCUGACGCUGAGAUCAUCGGCGCUGUGAACACCAUUGUCCCUGUCUCGGCUGGCCAAGACAAGCCUAGUCGUCUGGUCGGUUACAACACGGAUUGGCAGGGAAUGACACUGUCUCUUCGCAACGCUGGCGUCUACGGUAGUAACGGGGAGGCUAGUGCCGUCGUCAUUGGUGGAGGAGGCACGGCUCGCGCCGCCAUCUACGCUCUUCACAACAUGGGCUUCUCUCCUAUUUACAUUGUUGGACGGUCCCCGGCCAAGCUCGAAACUAUGGUGUCCACGUUCCCUACAAGUUACAACAUCCGAAUCGUGGACUCAGCCGAGUCGCUAGACACGAUCCCGAAGGUGGCGAUUGGCACUAUUCCCGCCGACAAGCCCAUCGACAUCGGCAUGCGCGAGAUCCUCUGCCACAUGUUCGCACGUGCCCAGGAGGCUGAUGCUGACAUUGCCAAGGCCAUGGAGAAGGUCCCCCGGGUGCUCCUCGAGAUGGCCUACAAGCCUGCUGUGACGACCCUGAUGCAGUUGGCGUCCGACGCAGGUUGGCACACUGUCCCCGGCCUGGAGGUUCUUGUUGGCCAAGGCUGGUACCAGUUCCAACGCUGGACCGGUAUCUCGCCACUCUACCAGAAUGCAAGGGAAGCCGUGAUUGGAUCGCCCAGUGCCGAAUCUGCAUGAAGCUGUCUGUCUCAGCACCGGACAGUUGGGUUGAGGGAACGAUAGGGCGUCGCAUUUCCCCGGAAACCUAGUGGAUCUUACUCAAAAGAAAAUCCUGUCCGCAUUCGUGUUUU